UACGAACUUUCACGUACACAGCAACAGAGUUGUUUCAAACCAAGCGCAUCAUCUCUUUCCAAUUCUCCUAUCCAAUCUUGAGAAAUUAUCAACGCAAAGCCGAAGCAUCAGAUCAAUAGCGAAACGAGCCUCUCUACCAUUUGCGAACGGAACAAUGGCCUCCUCAGCGCCACCCCCAGCCCUUACCCUCCCCCCGUCGCAAUUCGCGCGCCUCCAACCUCACGCCUACCUCCUCGCGCACCUCUCGCCGCCAGCGUCGAGCAACCAACCCUCCCUGCGCGCCAACGGCCGCCAGCCCGCGCAAUUCCGCCCCACCUCGGCCAACACGGGCUCGCUCACCCACACGAACGGCAGCGCCGUGGUCCGCGUGGGCGACACCACCGCCGUGUGCGGCGUGCGCGCCGAACUCCUCCCGACGAGCGACAUCGCCUCGUGGAGCGUGUCGCACGCCUCGGCGAAUACUGCCCACAAACGCCAGAACACCACGACGACCACCAAGAAUGAUGCCGACGCCGAAGAAUCCCACAUCCAAGACCUCCACCUCCUCGUGCCGAACCUCUCGCUGAGCACCGGCUGCGCGCCGGGCUUCGUGCCGGGCGCGCCGCCCUCGGCGCUCGCGCAGUCCCUGUCGCAUCAGAUUUUGGGGUUGUUGCACAGCACCCGCUUGGUCCGGGCGGAGGAUCUGCGGGUCUGGUAUCAGGUGCCGACGUUUGGAGGGGAUGAGGAGAUGGAGGUUGAUGCGGAUGCGGAGGAGGGACAGAAGGGGAAGAACGAUGGAAAAGAGAUCAAGGCGUUUUGGGUGCUGUAUAUCGAUAUCAUGAUCGUCUCGCUGGCGGGGAAUGCGUUUGACGCGGCGUGGGCGGCGGUGCUGGCGGCGUUGCGCGAUACCCGGCUGCCGCGCGCGUGGUGGGAUGCUGAUAAUGAGAUGGUCGUGUGCUCGGAGGCGGUGGCUGAGGCGACGAGGCUGUCGUUGCGCGGGUUGCCCGUCGCGAGCUCGUUCUGUGUGUUUGAGGCGGAUGCGGCGGCCGGGUGGCGGGCGGUCAUUGUGCCGGAUGCUGAGGAGGAGAAGAUGAUUGAGGAGAAUCAGCGCAGGGGUAUGCAGCGGCGGUGGGUCUUGGCGGAUCCCGAUGGGUAUGAGGAGGGGUUAAGUCAGGAGCGGGUUUGUUUGGUGGUGGAUAAGGAGAUGGGGAAGACGGUCAUUAUGAAGAUGGAGAAGAAUGGUGGGUGGGCGGUGGAUGGGAGGGAGUUGAAGCACUUGGUGGAUAUUGCGGCAGAGAGAUGGGAGAGUGUGAAGCAGAUCUUGGAGCAGUGUUGAGGUUUUCUUUUUCUUAUUCUUCUUAUUCUUCUUAACUUACAUGAAAAUAGCUAGUGUUACAGUAAAUGAUAC